AUGGAGCAGAGGCCCCGAAACUCAACCAUGCUGUCUUCAGAGGACAAAGAACCUGUGGAUUUGCAGGGAGAAUCAUCAGAUACUCCCUCAGUCCUCCAGGUUGUUGAGCCAAUCCUGCCGCUGCUGCCCACAGAAACUCACCCCACAUCUUCAGCUGUUGUUCUGCCCCUCAGUGCUGGUGAGCUGAACAGCACCUGCUGUAAUGUUGACUACAACACUGCAGACUCUUCCAUCUCCCAGUCUGGGCAAGUGGACCUUAGGAGAGACAUCCUCAGGUUUAUAAGGAGUCCAGAGAGUCGUCUCUGCUGGCAUGAAACUGCACACUGCUGGACGCUCGAGGGAUUCCCUUACCAUAACAACUGUGAGGACGGUUUCCCUGGCAUUCAGGUAAGGGGUUCAGGUAAGGGGCAGUUACUAAUUGUGUUUGUGUGUUUUAAGGUCGUUGAGCCAAACCUUCAGCUGCUGCCAAAAGAACAUGACCAGGAAUCUUCACCCAUCCUUCUGGUAACCAAACCUUUCAUUUAUUUACUAAAGCUGAUCACUGGAUUUCACAGGGUUGUUUUGAUUGUAAAGAAAGCGAGAGAAUGUUACUUGUGUUAUUAUAAAAUCGCUGUGAUAGGAAGCAGUUAUGUUCAUCAUGCUCUUCAUUUCACAGAGGCUCGAUGCUGGUGAGCUGAUCAGCGCCUGGCAAAAUAUCCAGUUCCUCUCUGCACGCACCUUUACCUUCCUGUCUGGGGUAUUCUACAGUGCUACAGCUGAGAUACAAGCACACACAUCCUUCUUUACAAGUUCUAAUGUUUAGUUUGGUUUCUCUAUUUCUAGG